GUCGCGGUCUCCACCACGGCAGCAUUUCGCCCACCGGUCUCUUUACGCACCUAUCUCUCCCUCUCGCUCCCUACCCCCUUAUCGUCCCCUGCCUACCCCGCGACCUCUUCGCACGACCUCUCUCUCUCUCUCGUUGUACCCCUCCUCCCCCCCACCCAUCACCCUUUCGCGAACGGUGCAUAUACGACACCGGGUGCAUAACACCCUCUACGUCCCACCGCUGGGUCACGGGUAAAGGUGUUCGGCGCGGCGCGGCGCGUUAGUGUGUGAGUUCGGCAUGAUGAAUGAACGGCAUUUUAGAGGGACGGAAGUGGCAAGCGGUCCCACCUAGCCCUUUCGCAACGAUCGUACGUCACCCACUGGUGACACAGGAUCCCCGCGAAGAUGCACCUCGCGCGAGAGCUGCAGUCGCCCACGUGGAAGUAUGGACCAGCUGCGCUGGAAGGAUUUAGUGACGCGCCGGUUCUCUCUCUGUGAUUGCGCGAGUCUUGUCGCUCGGUCGUUCAUUCAUGACAGCUGAUAAGGGCGAGAAGGUGUGCCCGCUGCACGUGAAGACAGAUUUGUGAAAUGUUCUCACUCUCGGUAACGGACGAUGCGCGUUCGAUGGGGGUGUAAUGAUGAAAAAGUGUGUCGAGAGUGAUUUGAAGAUUAGAAAACGUGAAAACGUUUAACCAACUUAAAUUGACAGGUGUGAGACUAGUCGUUAAAAUCGUGAUUCAUUAGUCAUGAGUGUUUUCUGCGUUUCGCUGAAUGCACGUGCAAAUUCUCCACGCGCAGGGAGAACGAUAACAAUGAAUCGUCAAAAAAGCAAACACGUGACCGCUUCAGCAUGGUCGAUAUCUCGUGAAUAUUUCGUGGGAAAUGCUGCGCGUAUGUAUAAAUCGCCAUUCUGAAAGUUCCAUUCUACCAUAUUCGUGAAGCGUAUUUUGUGGUAAAUCUCAGGUAAUUCGAUCAUCCUUCGAAAGAACCUCUCACUUCCGCGAGGAAAGAGCGAACUUUUAUUCAUUUUAUAUAUGAGCGCUUCUUAAUUUGUAAAAUAUACAAAAGUGCAAGAUAUUAUCAAUGACUGACGGAAAUAAUACAGCCAAGUGGCAAGUGUUGCAACUGUCAGUGAGCGAAGUGAAUUCCUUUUUAUUGCCAACCAGGAAAGCACGUCGCCCUCGGCCGACUGUUGCAGCUUCGAAGAAGCGGUUGACGUGAAAUGUAUCGGAAACGAUGGACUGUGAAAGCACUGGGAAUGGAUUUACAAUAUAGCGGCAAUGGGACCGGUUGGUGCAAACCUUUCAAAAUGAUCUGCAUUUCUAUCCUCUUCAUGCUGUUGCACGUUUUUUCAGAGAGCACCGCGUUCGAAUCGCAUGUCUUCAAGGCGGAUACCUUUCAAGAACGCACAAUAUCGGAGCUUGAUCCGUUCUUCGACACCACAGUGCCGUCCAAUAUCACUGGCUUAGCCGGUGAAACUGUUCAACUGGCGUGCAGAGUGAAGAAUCUCGGGAACAGAACGGUUUCAUGGGUGAGACAUCGUGACAUUCACUUGCUGACAGUCGGCAGUUAUACUUACACGAGCGAUCAACGUUUCGAGGCGAUGCACCAACACCAUACAGAGGAAUGGAUCCUCAGAAUACGGUAUCCACAGCGAAAGGAUUCUGGUAUCUACGAAUGCCAAAUAUCCACGACUCCACCCAUCGGUCAUCCGGUUCGUCUCAAUAUAAUCGAGCCCGUGACGGAAAUAGCCGGCGGUCCCGAGCUGUUCAUCAACAAGGACAGCACGAUAAAUCUAACAUGCUACGUGAGACACGCGCCCGAACCGCCGUCGACGAUAAUUUGGAGUCAUAAUCACCAGGCGAUUAACUUCGACUCGCCGAGGGGUGGCAUCAGCCUGGUAACGGAAAAGGGACCCGUGACUUCGAGCCGUUUACUCAUUCAGAAGGCGAUCGAGAGAGACUCCGGCCUUUACACGUGCUCACCCAAUAACACUCAUCCUUACAGCGUACGGGUCCACAUAGUCAAUGAAGAACACCCAGCGGCAAUGCAUCACGGUAAAGGCGACAGAAUGGCCGCGACGCUGCUUCCGGUCGUCCUACUUCUUCGGAUGAUAUUCUAGCCGACGUUAUGCACUCCGGGUUGAAUGCGCGCGAACUUAAGCACGGUCGCCUAACUCCCACGAAAACCAUCGAGAGCGGAGAGGUUCUGUUUCGCGGUUUUGUCUCCGGGGAUUCAACUCGGCUGCGACGCGCAUUCGACACGUUCGCCUCGCGAAAGUAACGGAAUCUCAUCGUAGAUUUGCGCCGCGACGCGACGACGUCGCGUGUCUCCCAUUACGUCGUUAGAGCGUUAGACUGAUUGGAACACGCAUCCGCGUUACGGAAAAUGCAAUUGUCACAUCGUCGCCCGGAAAACGUGAGUUUAAAAUAAAUAUUAUUAGACUAGAUGGUGUGUAUUGGAGGCAAAUGAUGAUUGCGAAUAAUAACUAUUGAAUAUAUAUUCAGUUAUGUAUAAUUACGCGGUUAAAAAAAAAGAGAAAAAAAAUUUAGCGGCCAAAAAUUUGAUACAAAUUAAAAAUAUUUUUUAUUAGGAAAUGUUACAUGUAUCAUCGAUAUUUCUUGAUCGUCGAUUCCGCUUAUACGUAAUGGACAAGUGAGAACUUGUCCAUAAUCAUUUUUAACAUUUGAUUAGUCGAAUGAACUCACUGUGAACUUUCACGGCACUUUCAAGGCCGUCGUCAUUUGGCGCAAAAGAAUAACGUCUGGAUUCUUGCCCCACUACGGAAACAAGUACGAACUCUUUUUCUGUUCCGGCAAAGAGUCCGCAAGUCCGUUUCCGCCGUCUGGAAUCUUUCCUCACUUUCCGAAAUAAGAAUCGUCUGCGAGAGAACAUUUUCGCAAAUGCCAUACUAAUAUAACGCGAUCCAGCAAACGCAUUUAUGAAUUUUAAUAUUUAUUCCUAAAUUCUAAUUUAUUUACAAAAGAAAAAUAAUGACAAUAUGAGGAAAUUGU